AAGACCCUCAAACGCCGCUGCAAAGAAGCUGGAUACUACUCUUGUAUCUGCUGCCAAAAGCCCUACCUCACUAAGACCCAAGCCAAUACGCGGUGGCUGUGGGGGAUAGCACACAUGUUUUGGACUAUUUGGGAAUGGAGUCAGAUACUGUACUCAGAUGAGAGUGGGGCAUUUACACAAACUGAUUACCUUGCUCAAGUACUCAAGCCUUAUAUUCAGGAUUUUUUAGCUGCUUUUGCGGCUGUUUUGGGGCCUGGGAAGACCCCUCAGUUCAUGGAAGACGGCAACUCUGCUCACGGCCACAAGACUACUAGCAAUAUUUGUGCUACUUGGCGUACUUCUAUGGGUAUUACUCUAUUCCCCCAUCCUGCAGUUAGCCCUGAUAUGAAUCCUAUUGAGAAGUGCUGGAGGAGAAUAAAACAAGCUCUCCAUAGGCGCCUAAGGCAGCCAACAACUGAGGUUCAAAUGGUUGUAGCAGUAUUAGAAGAAUGGGACAAAAUUCCUCAGGAAUGGAUCAAUGGGCUUAUU